GGCAGCGUUUUUGUUGUCACCUCAAUAUAAACGUCGAACAAGGAAACUUCCUAAAGAGGAUAAAGCAUCAGAUCACAAUUCGCGCGAGUUGACUCACUGACCAUCUCUUCUCUCUCUCUCUCUCCCUCUUCAUUAUUAUUCGUAGAUUCAUUUCGUUAUUUCAAUUUCACAUGAAACUUCACUUCUCUAUUCUUUUGGCUUUCGUAUAUUCUUCACACGUGUCAACUAAUCAUCGGAGUCUCCGGCGAUGCCCCGUCGAUUAAACGACGGCGAUCGUGGUCGUUUCACCUCCACCGCUCUCCUUUUCAUCGGUCUGAUCUCUUGUCUCAUCGUCUACGCUGUCUUCUUUAAUAUUCUCCGUCCCCGUCCCCAAGAUCACACACUCGAUUCCGCCGUCCGGUUCACGGACUCGCGAGAUCAUGCCCGUGUAGACGGCGGCGGGUGUUGCGGCGGAGUCGCUAAUCUGGAGCUGUGGGGACCGGCGGUGAAGUGGGGGACGGAUUUCAAGUUUGAUUCGGCGGGUGAAUGUUGCAAGGCGUGUAAAGCUAUGUGCAGCGGUAACGAUGGGCCUUGCUUGUGCGAUACGUGGGUGUUCUGUGGAAACAAAGAGGCUUGCGGGCCCAAGUUUGGAGAGUGUUGGUUGAAGAAGCAGAAAGAUGUCUUGGUGCCUGAUCGACAGGAAGGUGGGCAGAAAGUUAUGUGGACAUCUGGGCUUAUCUUCGGACAAGGCCAGGGCAUUGUUGGUUUUGAGACUGAACACGGUGUACUUCAUGUCAAACUUCACCCUGAGUGCGCUCCUCACUCAGUGUACUACAUUCUUAGUUUGUUAACUCAACGCCACUGCGCAGGCUGCCAGUUUCAUCGGGCAGAGAACCGGGGAUCAUAUUGGGACUCAGAAGGCUAUCAUAUAAACAAUGCUCCCUAUGGUCCACCAUACGCCAUGAUUCAAGGCAUACUCCAGCCCGAGGGAAACAUCUUCACGCCAAUCCCAACCGAGCACUGCCCAACCAUAACCCGUGGCUCUGUUGCAUGGGUCGGCUCUGGACCAGAAUUUUUCAUCAGUCUAGCAAACCACCACGAAUGGAAGCAAUCUUACACUGUAUUCGGAUCUGUGUUACCAGAAGACAUGGACGUUGCUGAGAGGAUUGCAGGUUUACCAACAAUAGCCGAUGUCUGGAACAGCGUUAAUGUCUCUGUCCUGGAGACACCGGUGUCGUUAACCGUACGGAGAAUGAAGUCGGGCCAAGAACAAGCAGAACCCGGUUCGUAAAGAACAAUUGAUAAGUGAGCUCAGCAUAGUUCUUGUUUAUCUUCUUUUUUCUCUCAUUGUGCAUAAAAUAGUGGCGCUACGAUUAAAAGCAUGAUAAGUUAUUGCAUUUAAAUGGAAAGUUUAUGGUUACUACUA